AGGGAUAUAUAUACGGAGGCUCCACCCCGCCGUGACUCAUUCUACUCCUGUCACAAAUUUAGGAUUUGAGAUUUAGAACGCCGGUGAGGCACGCGAGAUCGAGGUCAUGGCUUUCUAGGGCCGCGUGGAUCACGGAGGAAAACUAGCGUGUAUUGCACGCUGCAACAGAACAAGCAAGAUGGAGUCCUCUUUUGCCACCACCACCACCACCACCACUAUCCUUGUCUGCAGGAGCAGAGGCACGUCUUGCCUGCUACGUACAAAUCCUGCACUGAAUCUGAGUGAUCACCAAUACAAUGUCUCUGCUGGCAGCACUGACCCUGGACCUGGACCUGACCAUGAUCCCAGCUAGCACCAUGUCCUGCAGGCCGGAGCUGCUCAAGCACCGGCUGCCCCAUGCCGGUCACAGUGAGCUGCUACCUGGACCUGUGGAUCAGGGCUUUGCCCUCGGCAUGGAGCGCCCAGUGCUAACAGGCGAUGGCUUCUCAGACUGGAUGACGGAACGCACAGACCUGGCCACGCUCCUGAGUGUGUCAGGGGAGUCCUCGCCACUCUCACUGCCCUCUCCUCCUGCUCCGGACCUGGAGGCCAUGGCCUCACUGCUCAAAAAAGAGUUGGAGCAGAUGGAGGAUUAUUUCUUGGAGGAAACUCUCUCACCUGAUCAGGUAGCACCCAGCACCCCUCCCUCUGAUGGGAAUUUUCACUUUCCUUUUGGUGAUGGCUUCCAUUCACUGGACCACCACCACAGUACACCUGCACCCUUGCAAACCUUGGAUUCAAGUUGCUUAGAAUUGUUGGAGCUCUAUGGUGGGGAAACGCCUGCUGAGCUCCCCCUGCAGGGCAAUGAAUUAUGUGCCUCAGUUCAGCAGUCACUUGUGCUAACGCCUAAAGGGGAUCGACGCCAGAAGAAGAGAGAUCAGAACAAGACAGCAGCCCUGCGAUACCGUCAGCGUAAACGAGCUGAACACGAAGCAUUGGGGGAUGAGUGCCAGGCCUUGGAGGCACGCAAUCGCGAUCUGCGAGAGAAAGCAGAAUCUAUUGAGAGAGAGAUCCAGUACGUCAAGGACCUGCUCAUUGAAGUAUACAAGGCACGCAGUCAGCGCUUGCGUACCACCCCCUAGAGGCAAGGAAUUCUCCCUCUACCCUCAUGAAAGGAAAAGUUCAUGUGGGGGAGGGCGAUGGAACAGCGUAUAUAGAACAGAACAAGCAUGUUAGAAAUUAUGUUUGGGAAAUGUUGGCACUUAGUAGCCUGCAUUACCCUUUGGGGUAGGAGAUAGCGUGUAAUGCAAGACAGAUGCAGAGCUGUAGAGAAAAGGAAUGAUGUAGGAAGGAGAGAGUGAAUCUAGUUUGAAAGAAAUUGUAGGAAUGAGCUAAGAUUAGCCAGUUUGUGGCCACUACUGGGAUUAUCAGGGAAAGGUGUAUUGGAAUGGUGUUCCCCCCCCCAACCUAGACAACAGUCCUGAAGCUGUGUAAUAGCUUUUUUUAUGUACACUUUAUAGAAUUUAAGCUACCUGUACCUAACUAUGCACUAAUAAACACUUAUUUUAAACACUU